AGUGAGUGAGUGAGUGAUGCUGAGGCCUGAACACCUGUGGGUUCCACAGGCACAGAGCAGCAGUGGAGCGUGGCUGAUCCAUAGUGGCUGGACCAUAGUGGUUAGUACUCCACCUCAGAGUUUGUGUUAACUGGGUCCAGUGUGUCAGUGUCCUGUAGGAAUCUCUACAGGCUCUGUGGUUAGUACUCCACCCCAGAGUUUGUGUGAACUGGGUCCAGUGUGUCAGUGUCCUGUAGGAAUCUCUACAGGCUCUGUGGUUAGUGUGAGUGAACACAGUGGACUCAAUGUCAGUCUCUGAGAUAGUGGUCUACUGUACGCUGCCUGCCUGCCUCAGAGGGUUUGAUCAUGUGUGGGUGGACACACUGACCUCACUGUCUGACUCACUGGACUCUGAGAGAGUGAGGAUGCUCUUGAAGUCUAUUGGUAUUUCAUGGAAGUCUGUUAAGUUCCAGUCUUGGUCUGUCUGCUGGUGUUUGUUCCUCCUCCUGAAACAAAGUAUUCAGCUUUCUGCUGAGCCAAGGACCUACCAGGGUCAUCCACAGACCAUGCUGCUCCCUCUGCCUGCCUUUUUCCAUCUAAAAUGAUCCCUCUCUCCACUCUGCUCUGCUCCAUUCUGCUCCUCUCAACCUUUUCUUGGAUCACUCUCCCUUACUCCCUCCUCUGCCCCACUGCUUCCCCAACCACACGUGGCAACAAAAAACACUCUCCUUUAAAAGACGGAUACAAGCCCUCAAAAACACACACACACACACACACACACACACACACACACACACACACACACACACACACACACACAAGCAUCUCAAAACAUACGUCUCAACUAACCACCUUUUUGGAGAAGUCCCUGAAUGAAUAAAUAGCUCUACCCUUGUCAGGGAGGGGAGGAGAAGGAGCGUUGGAGGCUGGAGUUGGCACCGGUUGCUUGCCUCCUGCCCUUUAGUGGUUUGCUCUAAAUGAUAUCUCUCAUGGGGGAAAAUAUGUGGUGGUUGAGCUGAGCUCAGAGUUGGAGACCCCCACCUCUCUCUCUUUCAGUCAUCUACUCUCUCUUGUUUUAUUACUCUGUCCUCUCCCUCUCUCUCUGUCUGUCUCUCUCCCAUUAUCCUUUCCAUUCUAUUCAUCAUUUAUGCUUCCCUGUAUCUCCCCUAGUCUUUGUCUUCUCCCUCUAUCUCUGAAUCAAUCAUCUCUCCCCUCAGCCCAGGGUGCUGUUCUGUUCUGUCUGUUCUGUUCUGUUCUGCCUGUUCUGGUCUGUUCUGUUCUGUCUUCUGUCUGUUCUGUUCUGUCUGUGCUGUUCUGUCUGCUGUUGAUGGAUGGUGGAUGUAUUUAUACUAGGUCUGUGGUUGAUGGGGGAAGUCAUGAGAGGGAGGGAGGAGGGGCCUGGCUACUACCUUCCCCAGCCACAGUGAGCCCAAAUCGGGCUGAUGUUUACUUUCCACUGGGCUGGACCAUAACUGGCCCUGGAGCUCAGCUGAGCAUCAGCAGUCCUGGCCACAGCCACAGCUCAGAAAGGAUGGUGGCAGGCGGGCACACACACACGUGGCGUCAAGCGGCCCCAGUGGGCAUUGUUUUUGUUUGUGUUGUGUGGUGAUGUUGCGAGCCGGCCUGGCCAUGCCUGGCUGUGCCCUGUAGCUCAGUAGAGCGCCACCCUGCAUGGGCAGUUAGGAGCCUCCAGUCAGACCAGACUAGUUUAGAUAAACCAGUCCAGUACAGAGGAGUCAUCGAGAGCCCUGCCCAGUCCGCUCAUAUCAGUCUUAAUUCACUUUCUUAUUUAAAAUGUAUUUGCCAGUGUAAAUGCUAAAUCAACAUAAUUGUAAAUGUGCCAGAUUCAUCCUACUACUUUUCAACUGUGGUCCCACUGUGAGGUUGGUUCCAUGUUCUGGUGAGAAGAACAAAUGCAGGCCUCUGGCCAAAGCAGCAUCAUUGCCCACUGAAGGAACACUGUAAUGGGUUUUUACAUGAGUUUGGUCACACAUCCACCAUAGUUGUUGGAAGCAACUAUCAGAGCCAGCACAGUUGGGCUCAGGUCAGCUCAGCAGUGUGAAAAGGGCAGUGCUGAGGUAUUUUAGUCAGCGGCAUCACCUUUUUCUGACCCGAUGUUAGAUAGAUGUAAAUGUUCUCAAAUGAUAGCUUUGUUGAAAUGAAUUCUGAUUGAAAUAAAUGAUUCAUUCUAUCAUUCUAUCCCAGAUUAUUCCCAGAUUAUUCCCAGAUUAGACCACCAUGAGAAUUAUACAGGCUUCUAACUCCCCUCCCCAGUCCCUCCACACGACCAAAAACCAACUAUCUCUCUCUCUCUCUCUAGGCUGACUGGUCAGGACGUGUAAACGGCCCUAAUUGGCCUGACGACAAGCCAUAAAAAUUACCCACAUCACAUACACACACACACACACACACACACACACAUCCUAAAUCUGCCACUCUUUCAGAAGCUCAGAAGUAAUCAUGCUGCAGACGUGUGUGGAUUGCCAGGCUUUUCCUGUGAGCCUGGAUUAGAGGAUUGAAGUGUGUGUGUGGCUUUGAGUUCAGUUAUGCGCUCGUGUGUGUGUCAGCUUUGUCUGCCUGUGUGUCUGCCUUCAAACACGCACGUGUUUAAGGCUAACUCCAUGUUAAUUACUUGCUCUCCUUGUUACCCCGUCCACCCUCCUCUUUUCUCUUUUUGGUAAAUUGAAGGAGGGAAUAAACAGGUGUUUGUUGGGCGAGGCAGUCGUCUCAUUCCUUCAGGGUCAGGGUUCACAGCCAGGGGUCAGAGGUCAGGGGGAAUGAGCCCCAUAGCAACAGGAUGUUUGAAACUCUUUAUUCUCUGAGAUUAGGGUAGUGUGUGAGUAGACGUGUGUGUUUGGAGUUAAAAUGACUAAUGAGGGUAGAGGGAUGUAAAGUCUGAUCUGUGAUCAAGGUCCAUUCCUAAGCAAGCUGUGUGCCAGCCAGGCCUCUUUGGAAAGGCGUAUCACACACACACACACACAGAGACACACUGGACUACACACACACAUACACACACACACAGACACACACACACACACUGGACUGCACACAGACACACACAGAAACAUCCCACAUCUAGAUCUUAGACAGGUGAAAAGUAAGAUCAUUCAUUCUAUAUUACUUAUCCACUGGUUUUAGCGCCACUAUUUGCAGACACACGUCCAUUUUCAGAGGUAUGUCAUGUCCACUGUUGGCCAUAAAACCAGCUGGCCAGCCUCGACACAUCGUGAGAGCAGUAUUGUGAUAAAAAGGAUUAUGGGUACUAAUCCGUGCCUGUCACCACCCUCUGCUCAGUGUAAAUAUAAGUAAACACACACCCUCGCAAACCCAGCUCUGCUCUGAGCACACUCACUACCAUAGACAUGGGUUUAAAUAGUAUUUGUUUUCUUUCCAAAUAAUUUACCUGUGCUCGAUUGCGCUUGCCAGACGCAAUGGAACCAAUAGAGUUGUCACAAAAGUUCAAGCCCCUCCCAUCUGACGCCUAUCGCUCCAGGCAGGUUUGAUCAGACGCUCCACGCAUUUGAAGGCAAACGAUACUAUUUAAACCCAGUGUUGCUGCACACACUACAGAGCUAACUAAACAGCUUUACAUCUGAGUUAAGCUAUAGGUUUGUAAUAUCAGCCCCAAACCAUGCAGGGAACAGCUGAACCACUAGGUCCACAUCUCAGACAGGUACCAGUUCAUAGGAUCACUCACAGACCAUCACAGCUGAGAACAGGCCCAGCACAUCUCAGACAGGUACCAGUUCAUAGGAUCACUCACAGACCAUCACAGCUGAGAACAGGCCCAGCACAUCUCACACAGGUACCAGUUCAUAGGAUCACUCACAGACCAUCACAGCUGAGAACAGGCCCAGCACAUCUCAGACCGGUACCAGUUCAUAGGAUCACUCACAGACCAUCACAGCUGAGAACAGGCCCAGCACAUCUCACACAGGUACCAGUUCAUAGGAUCACUCACAGACCAUCACAGCUGAGAACAAGCCCAGCACAUCUCAGACAGGUACCAGUUCAUAGGAUCACUCACAGACCAUCACAGCUGAGAACAGGCCCAGCACAUCUCAGACAGGUACCAGUUCAUAGGAUCACUCACAGACCAUCACAGCUGAGAACAGGCCCAGCACAUCUCAGACAGGUACCAGUUCAUAGGAUCACUCACAGACCAUCACAGCUGAGAACAGGCCCAGCACAUCUCAGACAGGUACCAGUUCAUAGGAUCACUCACAGACCAUCACAGCUGAGAACAGGCCCAGCACAUCUCAGACAGGUACCAGUUCAUAGGAUCACUCACAGACCAUCACAGCUGAGAACAGGCCCAGCACAUCUCAGACAGGUACCAGUUCAUAAGAUCACUCACAGACCAUCACAGCUGAGAACAGGCCCAGCACAUCUCAGACAGGUACCAGUUCAUAGGAUCACUCACGGACCAUCACAGCUGAGAACAGGCCCAGCACAUCUCAGACAGGUACCAGUUCAUAGGAUCACUCACAGACCAUCACAGCUGAGAACAGGCCCAGCACAUCUCAGCACAGCAUCAAAGCUGUUCUCUGCUGUGGAAUCUACAGAUGGGUAUACAGGACCGGCGUUCAUGAUGCACUGCUAGCUUGAAAGCCCGUUCGGACUGUGUAUACAGCGCUGUGUGAUAGAUGGCGACCGUCGUCUCGGGGGGACGAAUCAGAGCCCUCACAGCUUGACCCCAGGGCGGCGUGCUGCCGGAGAGUUAUGGAAGCUGUGCCGGCCGGCCAUGUUUUUCUGUUUGUGUUGUAUGGUGUGACUGGAGAGUUGAAUAUGAACAUUUUUAAGAGGGAGGGAGGGAUUAGUCUCUUGUUGAAAGGGGGCUUGGUGAAGUACGAGCGGUUGGCUAGUCUCUUGUUGAAAGGGGGCUUGGUGAAGUAUGAGCGGUUGGUUGGAUUUGGUUUGUUGUCUUAAUCCAGAGCAGUGUCCAUGUAAGUCAGUUCAGCUGCUCUGUAGUCUCAAACAGUCUCCCACCAACCCAUUAACCCUCAAACACACUGUGUCUGUCUCUCUCUCUCGCCCUGUCUGUGUCUGUGUCUGUGUGCGUGCGUGCGUGCGGGCGCAGGUCUGCUCCAGUUAGCAUCAUCACUGUAAUAGGAUGUGUAUUAAUCUUUCAGCACCAGGUCUUGGCGCUCGUUGUUUUGGGUUGUGCUGUAACCCUCUUGGGUGAUGUUCAUCAUCCCUCCUCAUCCGCUGUCAUCCAGACUUUAUUGGUUUGGUUGUCUGCUGCAUGGCCUGUUCUCUAUGUGUGUGUGGUUUAUCUCUGUCUUUCGCUGUCUCUCUCUCUUUUCUGUCUCUCUCUCUCUUUUCUGUCUCUCUCUCUCUUUUCUGUCUCUCUCUCUCUCUUUUCUGUCUGU